GCCGCCUGCCGGGCUCGGAAAUGCUGCUGGAGUAUCCUAGACCAAGGUCGCACCAUUGCCUGCUUCUUCCCCGCCAAUUAUCCCACCUACGAAGGCACCUCCCUGCUGCGUGGAGAGCGCGGUUUAAGAAUAGAGGCAACGCGCUCAAAAUCGGCCUACCCUGUGGCAGCUCCAAUUGAAAAAAUCAGGCUCGAUGUCGUCUACGAAACUGCCAGUCGUUUGCGCAUAAGUGUACUCGAUCCCUCCAAACAGCGCUGGGAACCGCCCAUCCAGCUGUCUCCGCCAGAUGAGAGCCCACUCCGACAACAGGACUAUCUGGUUGAAGUCAACCUCACUCGACUGGGCAUCCGGGUGCUACGCAACGACGGUCUCAACACCACUCUUGUCGACUCCACGAACCUAAUGGCUAGUGGUCUAGUCUAUGGUGACCAGUUUCUGCAAAUGGCUUUCACUGUGAAUGCACAGCACGGAUUUGGUCUGGGCGAGCGGGAGGACUCAUUUCCAAUAGACUUGCAUGACUGGCGACGGAUGUAUUUCUGGACACGGGACCAGGUGCCCCGAGAGGAUGCCAAUCUCUACGGAGUUCAUAACUUCUUCCUCGGUCUUGCCUCGGAUGGGACCGCAUUUGGGCUCUUUUUCCUCAACAGCAAUGCCAUGGAAGUGGUCAAACAACCCGCACCUUCACUGACCUUCCGUACAUUGGGGGGCAUUUUGGACUUCUUCAUCUUCACUGGACCUCAACCUACUGAUGUAGUCGCCCAAUACUAUGAGCUGAUUGGUCGUCCACCUGUGCCACCCUAUUGGGCCCUGGGCUUCCAGCUAAGUCGUUUUGGUUACCAAAACCUAACCGAGAUCCGGACGACAAUUGAACGUAACAGGAAAGCGGGCAUCCCCCUGGAUGUUCAAUGGUUCGAUAUCGACUACAUGGACCGAUUUAGAGACUGGACAGUUGGGGAGAAAUUUGCCGAUCUGGGAGCCUUCAUAGAGAAGGACUUGCAUAAAGAAAUGGAUCUACAUGCUGUGUUGAUUGUGGAUCCCGCCAUCCCCAGCAAUGCUGGUGACGACUACCUACCCUACAACUCAGGUUUGGCUGCCGGAGUCUUUGUAAACGACAGUCGGACCGGAAAACCUCUAGUGGGCACUGUAUGGCCUGGCGAAACAGUUUUUCCGGAUUUCUUAAAAAAAGAAACUGCCGAGUGGUGGUUUCAACAGGCAAAGGCUUUUAGGGAAAAGGUCCCCUAUGAUGGUCUAUGGAUCGAUAUGAACGAACCAGCAAACUUCGUCGCUGGUUCCCAGACCGGUUGUGAAGGAUCAAACAACCUGGAUAACCCACCUUACGUGCCUCCAAUAACUGGCUAUUCCCUCUUUAGCUCCACCAUCUGCCCCUCGGCCCUACAUCAGUGCAUUCCACACUACAAUGUGCACAAUAUCUACGCUCUAACUGAGGCCAAGGUCACUCGUGAAGCCCUGCUCCGCAUCAACCCACAGCUUCGGCCCUUCCUCUUAACAAGAUCAUCUUUCGCCGGAUCUGGGCGCUACACCUAUCACUGGACGGGCGAUGUCUACUCUACUUGGCAAGCUCUGGCGAGUUCCCUGGUGCAGAUGUUGAACUUCAAUCUAUACGCUAUGCCUCUGGUGGGUGCAGACAUUUGUGGUUUUGGAGCUCUGGCGAGUUCCCUGGUGCAGAUGUUAAACUUCAAUCUAUACGCUAUGCCUAUGGUGGGCGCAGACAUCUGUGGUUUUGUAGGAGACACCACGGAGGAGUUGUGU